AUGCAUGGACAUGGCAGUGCUCCUGGCUCAACCGUGCAGCCGUUUCGCCACGGCAAGCACUUUCCAGUCUCCGGGGAUGAGUGCGGGGGCGCGGCGGAUGCCUCUGGCGGCAACUCCAUGAGCGCUAUUCGCGCGACAUGCAGGCUGAGGCAACUUUCGGCCAUGGGACGACGGUGGACUUCAAAGAGGAGAUUCGGGAAGGAGCAGAGAAUCAGGAAAUCCUCCUUCGAACCGCCUCGAGUG